AUGACUGUUUAUAUGGCUAGAAGUACAUCUAGUGUUUGGGGAAGCGCUACAUCGCACGUGCACGACUUAAGCAGACGUUUUAAAUUUGAAACACUUUCAGAACCAGGAUCGCGCGUAUCUUUGGAGAUCACCUCGAAGUCCGGACAAGCUGCGCAAAUAACCGGAAGUCGGGAUGUCGUCUGCAAAACACCUGCUGAAUAUAAAGCAAAUAAGCUGAACAGAAAUGAGCAGACGAAACUGGAAAAUGUAACGUUUCGUGUAGUGAAAGAAAAAGAAAUAACUCGAAGGAAAUUUACACAAAGUGAAAGGAUGUUGAGGGCAAAAAGUGCAAAAAUUGCUGAGCGGAUUCAAAGCUUGGAGUCAUCAUCUUACAUUGCUGAUAGGCCAAUGUCUUAUGCCUAUGAAAAACGCCCUCCUAGUGAACACUUUUCAAAACGGGCAAAAUCGCCAUCUGCAGCAAGGACGUCUGCUAAAACAAACAUGAAAAGUAAUGAUGGUCAGUGUAAAGUGUGCGAGCUAAUUCAACGUGUUAUUCAGAUGUAUGAAAAGGAAGGCAAACGCACAGGUAUUUUAGAGGAAUAUAGCGACCAUUCAACGUGUUUAUUUUCAGACGUUCAGAUGAGAACUUUUGUGCACAUGUUGGAAGCCAAGUACUUCAGUGAAAUUCCGGACGUAAAUAGUAAGUUACGAGAAAGCGGUAUUUUGUCACGUUUUGAUCGUCCUAGAAACGGACCAAAGUUAUCAAGAGAAGAAAUAAAUAAUAACAUUGCUAAGAAAAAUGUUGAAAUGCGUAUACAACAAUUCUGUAAGGAAGUGGAUCAUUAUAAGAAAUCACAUGCUGGUGUAAGAAUACCGAAGGAAGUUCAGGACAACGCGGAGAAAAUAAGACUCGAAAAUGCUGUCUUGUUUUUGAGACAAACUCCAGCAAAACAUGAACAGAUAAGGAGAGAAGUUGAGGAAAUACUAGGUCUCUGAAUUCAUUUUUGUAGAGAAAAGUUGAGAAAAUGCUGGGGCUUUGAAUUCGUUUUGUAACGAAGCUGAGGAAACGUUGGGCUUUCGAAUACGUUUUAAGAGAAGCUGAGGAAUUACUUGGUUUCUGAAUUCAUUUUUUAGAGUAAAGCUAAGGAAAUACCGGGUAUUUAAAGACAAGUUGAGAAAAAAACUGGGUCUAUAAAUUUGUUUUUGUAGAGAUAAGUCGAUGGAAUACUGGGUCUUUAAACGCAUCUCUAGCGAAAAAUUAGAGAAUUACAUCGAUUUUGAAUUGAAUCUGAGAAAAUACUGGAGGCUGAGA